CGAAAAAUCUUACCGGCAUCUGACAAGUCCAAAGUCUACACAAGUUUUGACAGUGGGCAAAUAAGAGCAAUGGCAGCAAAUACCGGGAAACUUGCUGGAAAGACAAUCUUUAUAACUGGUGCAAGUCGGGGUAUUGGUAAAGCUAUAGCUUUAAAGGCAGCCAGAGAUGGGGCAAAUAUUGUAAUAGCUGCCAAAACAGCCCAAGCACACCCUAAACUUCCAGGAACCAUUUACACAGCUGCUAAGGAAGUUGAAGACCUUGGUGGUAAAUGCCUGCCAUGUAUCGUUGAUGUAAGAAGUGAAGAGGAGGUUAGAAAGGCUGUAGAAGAUGCUGUACAGAAGUUUGGUGGUAUAGACAUUCUUGUAAACAAUGCAAGUGCUAUCAGUCUGACUGGAACAGUAGAAACUUCUAUGAAGAAAUAUGACUUGAUGAAUCAAAUAAAUGGCAGAGGAACUUACUUAUGUUCACAUGUGUGUGUACCUUACUUGAAGAAGAGCAGUAAUCCACAUAUUCUGAACAUAAGCCCUCCCCUUAAUAUGAAUCCCAAGUGGUUCAAAGAUCAUGUAGCUUAUACAAUGGCCAAAUAUGGAAUGUCUAUGUGUGUGUUAGGAAUGUCAGAAGAAUUGAAAGGAGAUGGCAUAGCAGUCAAUGCUCUAUGGCCAAGAACAGCAAUUUUAACAGCAGCCAUGGAAAUGUUAGGAGGAAGUGAUGCUGUUGCUAAACAAUGUCGUAAACCAGAGAUCAUGUCUGAUGCUGCUUAUGUCAUGUUUAUCAAAGAUAGCAAAUCAUACACAGGGAACUUUGCUAUUGAUGAUGAAGUAUUGAAGGCUGCUGGGGUUACAGAUUUAGAUCAGUAUGCCUGUGUUCCAGGAAACAGACUACUACCUGAUUUCUUCUUGGAUGAAGACCCUUAUAUAUUGAGACAACAGAUGGUUGAAGAUGGUGCCAAACCAGCAUUUGGUAGUGCAUCUACAGGGGGCCCAGCUGCAACAUUCCAGACGCUUAAAACCAUGUUAAAUGAAGAUUUAGUCGAUAGUACCAAAGGGGUUUUUCAGUUUAACUUAUCAGGUGCAGACUCGGGAGAAUGGUACUUGGACUUGAAAAAUGGAAGUGGAGCUGUAGGAAAAGGGCCAGCACCAGGUGGCGCUGAUUGUGAAAUGACCCUGGACAGUGCUGACUUUUCUAAAAUGUUCAAAGGAGAAUUAAAGGCAGUGGCGGCAUUCAUGGGUGGAAAGCUCAAGAUCAAAGGGGACAUGGGUUUAGCUAUGAAAUUAGAAAAAUUGAUGAGUCAGAUGAAUUCAAAGUUAUGAUGUAUCCGCAUUGAAAAUAAAAUCAGGGAACAAAAAAUUUUCAUUUAACAUUGUUACAAAAAUAUAUUAAAUUGUAUUUGAUAAAGAAAAUACUAGUAUUUAUAGUGCUAA